AUGCCAGCUCAGAAGCGUCUCAAGAUCAUUAAGGGAUUUUCUCAGUUGAUGUCGGUUAUAUUUGAGGGUGUGGAGAGGGCCUUGACGCUUGAGACUGAUAUUAAAGAUAAGGAUGCAAGAAGGGAGCAGUGGAAGCAAAAGAGAGGUGCAAGGCCAUCUUCAGAAGGAUCUUCAUGGAAAAAGAACAAGAGUGGAUCAUCUCAGUUUCAGGGGCAACAAUCUGUACAAUCCGCUCCUACCACUCCAAUGCUAGCGGGGUCUGAUAAGAGUGGAGUCAUAUGUUUCCAGUGUCAGCAGCCAGGGCAUUAUAAGUCCAGUUGUCCCCUGAAAUCGUUUUCAGUUUCUUCAGCUCCAAAGGAUUGCUAUGGGUGUGGCCAGCAGGGUCACUUGAUUCGUGACUGUCCUAGUCAGGGAAUAGGCACUGAUAGUAGCAGAGGGUCACGACAGAUGCUGUCAUAG